UGAACGAGCUUUAGCAGCGCUGCAAACUGCAGCCAGGCAGGUGUAGCAUUCAGAGUCCCGGUUGCCCGUGCAGCCUGUGACAGUGAUAUUGCCACGACAGAUUUUGGAGGUGUGUGCGGCUCUCUGCGUCUAGGAAGGAUUUAAUGAGUCGCUCCCUCGUUCAGGCACCAAUUAAUUUUUAUCGGAGAGUAAAACAGUUACAAGGAGGAGGAGGAGGAGGACAGAGAGCAGUCAUAAGGGACUGAAGCGGCUCCGGGGAGCUGCCACUUUCUCUGUGCGUGUGUCUGAGUGUCUGUGCAGAGAGAGAGGGAUUAUCAUUACGCAUGUUAUGCCGAGCGCAGUUUUUGGUGAUGCAUUCAGUCGGGAGAUGUGCAGCGUGGAGCAGCAGUGAGCGUCAGCCCGGACCUUCAGCGGCGUAAUCAGCGCAAAGAAAAAGUAGAUCUCGCUGGUUCUGUGGGGCGCACCGGCUCUACGCAGCACAGGAUUUCGAUUCAUCGUAUGUUUUGUUUAUUUUGAUGAAGGCUGCGGGGUGAAAGUCAAAGAUGCGCACCGCUGAACAAAGGAUUUAGUGGGAAACGAUCACGAAUCUGUUCCACAUUUUAAUCCUGACACCCCCGGCGUGCUUGGUCUCCCCCCUGUGUGGACUUAUCAAGGGGGCGACAUUCAUGCCCAUUCUUCCUCUUAAGGACAACGGACACAGGCUGAAUAACCUCUGGUUUCAAACCUGGAGCAGAGGGAACCAUCUGGGCUGAUCGCGCACGAGUCCAUGUGGAUGGAGAGAGAACACGCAAACAGCGCGAGCGCAGCUCAGUCCGAAAUGUGACAUUUUUUUUUACUCUGCCUCACAUCACAGCUGACAUCUGUGCUCCUUGCCUUCGUUCUCCGUAGGAUCUGUUUACAUCGAUUAAGACAUGGCGUUCCUGCCGGUCCUCCUCCUGCUGCUGCUGUCUGUUACUCAUCGUGCUACCAGUCAAGACUCGGAGGACUCUGAAGCUCUCCCGAGAGGCUGCGGCUGGGGCCUCGUGCGUCCCUACACCCUACUCUGUGACCUGGACUCCAUAUGGGGUGUUGCUGUGGAGUCGGUGGCUGCCGGGGGGAUUCUGACCGCCAUCAUGCUCGCCCUCGUCCUGCUGUGCCGUUUACACCACAUCGGUGAGGCCGAGAAGCGUAGCGCCGUGGGACCCAUCCUCCUGCUGCUACUGGGGGUCCUCGGCUUAUUCGGCCUGAGCUUUGCCUACCUGAUCGAGCAGGAUGAGUCUCUGUGUUUGCUCCGCAGGGCCCUGUGGGGUCUCCUGUUUGCCGUCUGCUUUUCCUGCCUGCUGGUGCAGGGCGUCCGCCUGCGCCGGCUCGGCAGGGAGCGCCGCAGCCCCGGCGGCUGCGCCCUCACGGGCCUCGCGCUGGGUUUGAGCGCCGUGCAGGGCAUCAUCGCCGCCGAGUGGCUUCUUCUGACCGUGCUGAGGGAGGGCCGAGCUGCCUGUCAGUAUCUGCCAAUGGACUUCUCGCUAGCCUGCAGCUACGUGCUAGCCCUCCUACUCGCAGCACUGGCCGCUGCUUCUCUGGCCCUCUGUGCGAAGACACGACAGUGGCGCUGCAACGCCAUCUGGCUGCUGUUGACCUGCCUGCUGUCACUGCUGCUGUGGGUGGCCUGGGUGGGCUUCUACCUGUAUGGAAACGACUGGCUGGGGAGGUCCCCGGACUGGAACGACCCGGCACUGGCCAUCGCUUUGGUGGCUCAGGGCUGGCUGCUGCUGAUCUUCCACGCCAUCCCUGAGUCCCACAUCUGCAUGAGAUCCCCGCCACAGCCCAACGCCCCGGACUACUUCGACACUUCCCAGAACUCGACGCGGAUGAGAGAAACCAGCUUCGAUGAAGACAUCCCUCUGUCUCACAGGCAGUUUGUGGAGAACCAGGGCUAUGGAUACAGUGACGAGAACGCUGCAGGCCUGAGGACCGGUGGUGGCCCCGUGCAACACAACAGCAACACCGGUGCGAGGCCCAGCGCUCCUUUCCGCAGCAACGUCUACCAGCCCACCGAGAUGACCAUGAUCCUGAACGGGGGAGCGGUGAGUACAUCCUCCCAGUCACAGGUUCCCUCUGCUCCUCCUACCUACACGGGGAGGCAGCUGUGGUGAGCGAGAGGAUCGGAAAGAAGAUGUGUGAUCGAAAAUUAAGAGAAGAAGAGGAUGGAGAUGGAUGAGGAGGGCGGUCCCCACGGAAGGUUGCCUUGUUGGACUGGACUUUAAAAAAAAAGAAAAAAAAAAAGGAUGCCAACGAGGCCCUUUCCUUCUGUGUACAGACUGAAACCCUGACUGUGUGCAAAUCAAGGAACAUAUGAGUGUGUGAGAGAGUGAGAGGAAGUAGGGCAUGGAGGACAGAGCUAAAGCUCUUCUAGCACACAAAUAUCUAAAAAAUGAAGGGUUGAAAAACUCAAAGUGUGACCGGCAAGUAGCAAAGCAAAACUGACGCUGACUUAGAUCUGAAAAUAUCAACAUGCAGUAUCCUUUUUGUUUUUCUUCUUUGAUUUGCUCCCCUGAGACUGCAGCACUGUAAGCAUCCUUGAAAACUGUGAAAUCUUUCGCUUUUUUCCUCGCUCUCUCUCUCUCUCGCUCUCUCUCUCUCUCUCUCUCUCUGUCUGUCUUGCUCUCCCUGUCAAUCAGGAUGUCUUUUUUUUCUGCUGCCCCACAAAAAAUGCUGGCGCUCAAGUGGAAACAUUUGGCUCUGUCCUCCAUCCAUCCACAGUGUAGGUGAAGAAGCAGCACGUGGGCAACUGUACAGCUCGAGCACCGCCCUCUUAAAAAGAAUCCAGCCUCUGUGUGUGUGUGUGUGUGUGUGUGUGUGCUCCUUACAUCUCAUACGAUAAGCCCUCUCUCUCUCUGGACUGAGAGAGACCCACGAACACUCUCCCCUCCUCCCUUUUUAUCUGUUUGCAUUUCUCUGCACCGUCUGUGAAUAUCACCUACAGUAUAACCCUCCUCACCUCGCCUCAUCCUCCCACCUGCAUGGACACUUUGCAAAAAAACUAACUGUGAAGAACUCAAAAAAAAAAAAAAAAAAAAAGCAGCCUGGAGCACCUGAGCAGAGGGAUCACAAGCUGCUACUGAACUACUGUUAAACACAAUUACAGCGGAGCAGAGUGGAUCCUGAUUGGACGUGGAGGGCGUCAGUCAUCGGCGGAAGGAGGCAGUGUUUGGUGAAUCUAGGUCAGACUUUACUGCACGCUGCUCUCCCACAUCUCCGGUGGCCACUGGCGGUUUGAACCAGCCAGGAGAAACUGUCACUUUAAAUCAGCAGGAAACGGAGCGAGGAAGUGAAUCGGUAUCCUCUUCCUAUAGUUCCUCUAUCAGUGUUUUACGUGUGCGUACAUGAGUGUUGUGGUUUUUAUGAGUGUCGAGAAGGUGGGGCUCCAAAGACAAGGUUGCAUUCUGGUGCUAAAUAUUUCUCCACACUGUUUCCCAGUGAGGGCUCAGAACUACAGGAACAACACUGAUGCUGAUCCAGUAGUCAGACACUGAGUGACAGGCUAUAUAUAGAGCCGAGGGGCUGGUGUGUCGAGAUAUCGGAGAGCCUAAGAAAGAUCAGAUUUGCAGUGCGGGCGAGAAAGAGGGAGAUCAGAUAAAAGAGGAGGGAGAAGGGAUGAGGAAGAUGAUAGGGAGAGAUGGUCUGAGUGGAGAGAAAUCCCUGUGACUUCCUUCACUUAGUCCAAUCAGUGCGAGGAAAUGGCUCCACAGCCUGCGUGCGUGCGUGCGUGCGAUAUAGGGGCAGCCACACUGCUCUGCUCUAUGUUUUUGUCUUCUCCUUCCUCCUCCUCCUCCUCCUCCUGUCUCUCUGUGGUCGGCUCGAGCUCGAGUCCCUGUGCCAAGAAGGACUCUUGUUUCACAGGAGUCUCCGUUUCACGCCCUUCAUCGACUCUCUCUCUCUCAUCACUGGAAAAGCUGUGUACAUAGUAGUGCUGUAAAGCUUUGCUUGCUUGUUUACUUUUUUUUUUAACUGUAGGUUUAAUUUAGACACCAGUAUCAUAUGACCGACUGGAGACUGACUAUUGCAAACUGUUUUUAUCUGGGAACUUUUUUUUUUAACUGGUUGGCUUCGUGUUCAUACAUUUGCUUGUUCUUCCUUUUAUGCUUUUAUUUUUCUCUUGCUGGUGUCUUUAUUUUUUUUAAUAGCAUUUUGGAAAUGUUUUGCCAAUACUAGAUAUGCUUUUUUAUUUUUUCUUUGAUUAAUGUUCAAGGAAAUGAUAUGAGUUGUCAUUUUUAGGCUUUUGCAUCGUUUGUACCUCUCGCACAGAGUUAUCAGUCAAGACCAUAGACGGUUUAAAAAAGAUGGACGACAUGACAGCUCCCCAAAAGUGAAGCCAAAACAUUCUGAGCUCCCUCUGCUGAGUGGCUGCAGUACAGCUCCGCCUUGUUCCUGUCCAGACAUGGACUAGAAAAUAAACACCACUUCUCAGACCUUGUUUCUGUCAUAGUUAGUUCUUAUCAUGUUGAUUUAUGAAUGAUGUUCACAUCAAGAAGUUUAGUUUUGAGUCAUUAUUUGAUGCUAAAGAUGAGUAUUAGGAGGAGGAAACGUAAGGAAAUUUGACACAAGAGUCAUUAAGCUUUCCAUACCUGACACAAGAAUCUGUUCUGCUGUGGGAAGGACAUCAAUAUCGUCAAAAUUCUGCCACCAGUGCAAUUAGUCACCGCCUUUUCUGAGGGGAGUUUCAGCUUCAUUUUUGUACAACGAGAGGAAGUGGAGACAAGUCAUCGUGCUCUACAUAGUCAUAGGUCAAGUUAGCGGUCGAUGUUUUGCUGUAACAGUUACGGGAUACACACAAAACCAUUUUUCUUUUGUUGAAAAACUAUAACGGCUGUGAAUUACUUCGAGCACUUCAAAACAAAAACUUAUUCUGUGAUACUUUAAAGAUCAUUUAGGAAACAGAGCAGGGAGGGCUAGAAAAAAAAAUCUCAAGUCCACCUCGAGUCAUUUUGUGACACCUUGUUUUACAGCCACCUGCGACUAAGAAAAGACCCGAGUGUCACCUCUUAACUGCUGCUGUAUGUUUAUGUCUUACCCACUGGCUAUUCUGAAAUAGGACUGGUACCAGCGAGCGCGCUCCAUGCCCAAGCAGAGCGUGCCAUGCUAUGUCAGGCUCUGCUUGGGCCCUCUCUGGUCAGAAACUGUCCACAUGUGUGAAGAGUCCAUGAAGAAGAACUGACCUCAGGGUUUGGGAUGGUCAGCAGCAGCAAUGAGGCAGCGUGUGGAGGUUUCACUUCUUGAGAUGAGUUCACUCAACACGGAAUACAAAAAAAAAAGGAUAACGUGACUUUGUAGAUUUUGCACUUGUCGACUACCUAUCUGUGCAUGCUUAUCACCAUUUCUACAUGUAAGCCCUUUCUCAGACGUACUUUUGAAUACUAACUCUAUUUAUGUAAGGGUCAUGUGAAAGCAAUCAUAAUUUCCGUGUAUAUCAGAUGACACACUUAAUGUCUGUGCUUUCUUAAACACAAGAGAGAGCUGGCUCUUGAGAAGCAAAGAGAUUCACGUCGGUGGGAAAGUGGUCCAAAAUAGUCUGAGUCCCCAAAAAGGAUCAAGAUGCCAUCAUCACUGGACCUAAAAAUAAAUUCCUCUGUUAGUUUGAAGCCUGGAGGGGAAAAAAGAGAAGCUUCAGGUGGAUGUCGUCUCUGUGUGUAAAAUCAAAUAGACUGUGGUGAAAUUUGCACAAAACUUCUAUAUGUUACGUUUGUCAUCCCUGGGCAGCUCACUGAACACCCGUCAUCCCUGGGUUUGGCAUGUCCUUGCCUGUCCUCUCCUGAUUUGUCUUGCCUUCAGACUGUUCCAGCGGGGCAGCUGACAGGGGUGAUAUUGGUUUUCACAGCUGUGACUGUGCAGUGACGCAGCAUGCCUAUGUAUAGAACUUUAUUCCCCUGAUUAGAAAAAAAGAAAAAAAACAGUUAACUCUUGUUUCUGUAACCGAGUCAGGAAAAAAAAGUUCAAUAAAAGUGUCAUGUUUGUAGUUAACUUUUA